CCACGCAAGUUUUUUUUUGUGCGUGUCUUAACCGGUUUGCUUUCUACGGACAAAAACGGCAAAAACCUCCAAAACAUUAAUUCCCAAUGUCGGCUUUAGUGAAAAGUAGAUUAUGCACUGGAUUCGUCCACCUUAUUCCUCCGGAAACAGAAAUAGCAAUCGUACGUUAUGUUAGCUCCAAUCGAGUUAAACCAUUUAAAAAGAUUGAAAUUACUGAUCGUGCUAGAAAUGAGGCAAAAGCACAACAAGUGCGAACGGAAAUAGCGGAGCAGGAAAAACAUGGUGAAAGCCUGGUCACUCCCGGAAAAAUGAUACAAUCCGUUGGCCAAUCGCUAUCCUCGAAAGGUUAUCUUCGUUCGGCCAAACCAUAUAUGCCUCCAGAUAAUGUUGAACAAGAAAUCUUGAAACUGGCGCAAACGGCCAACAUCAAAGACUCCACACAAGCCUUCGCCGAUCAAAAGCAAAAGUUCGAAUUCCUAUCGGCAUGUUUCGCUGCCUUUAAGCACUCGGUUCCCAACUCGCAGCUUCACGAAAUUAAGACGAUCGAGGACACCAUACAGUUCUAUCAGUCCCCAAUCGAUACAACGCUUCCUUUGGAUGCGCUAAAAACGGUUCAAUUGCCGGAAAAUUUGCACAUCCAGCAUGAGUACAUCCGGUUCCAUCCCGAGACGGACACUAUGUUUGGAGGCAGGUCUGCAUUCCCGAAAAGUUCCACUAUCGUUACCGGCUUGCGUUACAAGGAUAAAUACAAGGGUCAUGUCGCCAAAAAAUCGUGGCCGUAGGUCGCAGCAGAUGGUGAGUAGUUUAAUUUUUCAUGUUGGUUGAAAUAAAAAAUCAUCUUU